UUCUAGGUGGCCAGUAGAGUAAAGUCACAGUAUUUUAGCAUAACGUGUAGCUCAUCGGAAGUUUUCAUGUUUUUCAUAGAAUCAAUAAAAUAAUCUAUCAUUUGUAUGUAAAUAUUAUUUAUGUACUUUACCAGUCGACUUCGUGUAAAGUGUUGGAGGGCAUACUGGACAACAACAUUUGGGAUUUAUUGUCGUUAGCCAACUAUGCUAGCGUACCUUGCUUCAUUUGCCAUAUAAUAAUUUCAUGGGUUGCCUGUGUUGGUGAGUCUUUCUAGCUGACUGGCUAGCUGGUCUUUGCUAACCAGCAUUCAGGUGAAGUCAUGAGUGGGACCAGUUGUAAAGCGAACGGCGCCGUGUACCCGGCCUCAACGACCGUGAUGAGCACGGUGAAGAAGCCGAAGAUGGAGCAGAUUCAAGCCGACCAUGAGUUGUUCCUACAGGCCUUUGAAAAGCCAACACAAAUCUACAGAUUUCUCCGCACAAGGAACCUGAUUGCACCAAUAUUCUUGCACAGGACUCUCACCUUUAUGGCCCACAGAAACAGUCGAACAAAUGCCAAAAGGAAAACCUUCAAGGUGGAUGACAUGCUGCUUCGUGUGGAGAAGAUGAAAGGAGAGCAGGAAUCACAAAGUUUAUCCUCACAUCUGCAGCUUACCUUUACUGGAUUCUUCCAUAAAGACGAAAAGCCAUCUCAGAAUUCAGAAAAUGAACAAAACUCAGUCUCUCUAGAGGUGCUACUUGUCAAAGUCUGCCAUAAAAAACGAAAGGAUGUCAGCUGCCCGGUUAAGCAAGUGCCUACAGGUAAAAAACAGGUGCCUUUGAAUCCGGACUGCAGCAACCAAACCAAGCCGGGCUCCCUGCCCUCCCUACUGGUGUCUAGUAACGAGUUUGAGCCCAGCAACAGCCACAUGGUCAAGUCCUACUCGCUCCUGUUCAGGGUCUCCAGAAUCGGGAGGAGGGACAUGAAUGGCCUUGUGAACGGCGAAGCCAACGAAAACAUAGAUGUGACCGAGACGCCCAGCAGAAAGAAGAGGAGUUCCUCCCACAGAGAAGAUGGAGAGACCACGGAGACAUUUGUCGCACAGAUGACCGUCUUCGACAAGAACAGGAGACUGCAGCUGCUGGAUGGGGAGUAUGAAGUGUCCAUGCAGGGAAUGGAGGACUGCCCUGUCAGCAAGAAACGAGCCACCUGGGAAACCAUUCUGGAUGGGAAGAGGCUUCCACCGUUCGAGACCUUCUCUCAGGGACCCACGCUCCAGUUCACCCUGCGCUGGACGGGCGACGCCAGCGACAAGUCCACCGCCCCCGUGGCUAAGCCCCUGGCCACGCGGAACUCUGACGGGGCCAGCCCCGCCGAGAGCCGACCCAGUGCGCUCAAAUCAGCCCCCCUGGCCGUCAAGGACUCUGUUGGCACAGACAUCCAGAUGAGAAGAGAACAGAUCCUGUGUGAGCCGAGACAGAAACUGCGCAUAUUUUACCAGUUCCUGUACAACAACAACACACGGCAGCAGACCGAGGCCCGAGACGAUCUCCACUGUCCCUGGUGCACCCUGAACUGCAGGAAUCUCUACAGCCUGCUCAAGCACCUCAAACUGUCCCACAGCCGCUUCAUCUUCAACUACGUGCCUCACCCCAAAGGUGCUGGGAUCGACGUGUCCAUCAAUGAGUGCUAUGACGGCUCGUAUGUGGGCAACCCCCAAGAUAUCCACAGCCAGCCGGGCUUCGCAUUCAGCCGCAAUGGCCCGGUCAAGAGGACUGCCGUUACACAUGUCCUGGUGUGCAGGCCCAAGCGGACGAAGCCCAGCCUGUCUGAGUUCCUGGAGUCUGAGGACGGGGAACUGGAGCAGCAGAGGACCUACGUGAGCGGACACAACCGUCUGUACUUCCACAGUGACAGCUGCAUGCCCCUCAGACCCCAGGAGAUGGAAGUGGACAGCGAGGACGAGAGAGACCCCGAGUGGCUCAGAGAGAAGACUGCCACGCAACUGGAAGAGUUUACUGAUGUCAAUGAGGGCGAGAAGGAGGUGAUGAAGCUGUGGAACCUGCACGUCAUGAAGCAUGGGUAUGUACCUAAAAGCUGUGGCUUCAUCGCGGACAAUCAGAUGAACCAGGCCAGCAUGCAGUUUGUGGAAAAGUGCGGCGCCUACAUCGUCCGCCGCAACCUCUGCCGCAACUUCCUGCUGCACCUGGUCAGCAUGCACGACUUCAACCUGGUGUCCGUGGCCACCAUCGACCGCGCCAUGUCCAGGCUCCGCGACAUCAAGGAAGAGCUGCCCGACGCCGGCGCCGACGACCAGGCUGAACGUGCUCUCAUUGAGGGCGCCUGUAAUGGCACCGCCAUCGCCUGCACCCCUGGAGGUGGCGGCACCAAGCACGGCAAGAGGACAAAAAGCUCCGUAACGGACUGAGGACAUUUCACGGCUGCUGUUGAUCGGACCCACUCGUUUUCACGACUAACCAACACGCGUGGUGCUUAGUUAGGCAGAGAGGGAGAUUUCAAUGGAGGAUUGUCUUCAACUGACUGAUGGGAUACAAAUACAGCUACAACACACAAAGCAGGCAUAUGAAUACUCACUGUACUGUGAGGUUUUACCAAGUCAUUAUGCACUGUGAGCCAGUUUAGUGAUUCUUGGGGUUUGGAGAAGCCAGAGGAAUCACUUGAAAUGGAUAUUGUAAUCAGAAACUGAGAACAAACUGCAUAUUGGUAACAUUGUCACUCCUCAUUGUCUGUUUGUAUUCCAUUACCCGGUCAGUUUUGGUCUUGGAUCCUUUAGGCUGAUUGUUUGUUUUUGUUUUUUAGCACUUGAUAAUAAUCUGUAAUAGUGAAUUGUUUCAAACUUGAGUUGAAUCACCAGGUUGUUUUUUGUUUUUAUUCUGUGCAACUGCAUCAAUUGCACCCUCUUGUCUCAAAUCCUCUGCAACAUUUUCUUUAUUUCAUCGGGAUUUAUGUUUGGUUUUUGAAUGAUUGUUUCUGUCGAUAAUACCUUGAGGAGUGGUGGAUCAGAGGGCCCUGAUAUUUCCACUCAAGAGGAUGUUGCUCUGCAUCAGUAGGCAAAGGAUUAUAAAGCCAAGACAAACUGCCAGUCAGCCAGCCCUUCCAUGUAGACUGUUUUAUCUCUACUGCAGGGGUGUAUUCACUAGAAAACAUAGCUGAAGCGAACAGGAUGAAACGGGCAGGGACCUACCUGAAUUUAUCCAACAAAAAUGUGUUUUCGUUGCAGAAUGUGUUCCACAGUGAAGUGUUUUGCUGUGAUGUGCGUUAAUGAAUAAACCCCAGGACUACCAACCAAUGGACAUCUGACAUGCUGGAACCUGUAUUAUGGUUAAUAGGUUUGGGGGAUAUUAGAAACUCAAAACAUUUUUUUAUAUAUAUAUAUAUAUAUUCAUUUUUUUGCUUAAACAUGGGUUAGCUAGGAAGUGUUGAAAAACACUUCUUACAGACACUUUGUAUACAUUGUAAUAAUGUCAAUAUCUAGCUAUAUCCCAUUGUGAACCUGCUUAUCACUGGUUAUAAACAUGUAGAAUUUUUCUUGAAAAGCAAUAUGCUAUUUGUUCAUGGGAAUUGGGUGGUAGUUGAGUUGUUUAUCCUACUAUUAGGUUCUGUUUGAAUGCCAAAGGCUCUUGGAGGGGAGGGGGAUUUUAAGUAAAGACUCAAUUAUGCGAUAAAAUGUUUUUUGGGUUUUUUUGCAUCUCAUUUCAUAACUUGAAAUGUUAAGUUGUUGUUAAAGCCUUAGCUGUAUGUUGCAUUGUGAGUGCACAAAUUGAACAAAAGCAGAAGUGUUGGUGCUUUGUCAAACAUUCACAUUCAACUCUAUGGACCAGUUGUUAAAUCCCUGAUACAUUUAUGCACGUUUUUGAUCGCCAGGAUAUAUAGAUAGAAAACAAUCAAUUCAUCACUCCUGUGAAACCACCCUUGAAGUCAUAAACUGUUAUAAACUUUGGAUAUGGGGAUUUUAUAUUUAAAAUAAAAUACAUUUGACA